AUGCCACAGACUCCCGUCUCUCAUUCUGCCAUUCCCGACGACAUGGACGCCUCCGACGCCGUGCUCGACAUUUCCCGGCAUACGCCCGUGGCGGAAGAUAGCAUUCGCUAUCAACAUUAUGCGCCGGACGGAGAUGCGAAGCCCACAGCCAUGGACGACAGCGCGGUGUUAGAGGGCACGACGCUCGCGCACGACUCGGUGAUUGCCACGGACGAGGCAUCGCCUGGCGCCGACGCCAGCGCCCACCCACUCCGGCGAGGCGCCGACCCGAACGCAAAUGGGCGGCCUUCCCUCGGGAUCGAUGCCACCUCGCCCGCGCACAGUCUUCCCAGCCCACCCCUCACGCGGCGCACGUCGAACGCCAGCCACUCCUCGACCCGGUCGCGUUCCCCACAUACCUCCAUACCCAUAGCGGACGACGAAGAGAUCACUUUUUCCACCUCGAACUGGCGUACCAGGACCGGCAUGGCGGAGAGUCCGGCAGAAGAAGACGUAGCGGUCUUCUCUCUUGGCGAGGAGGAGGACGAGUCGGGCGAUCCGGGACCGUCCACGAGCGCGAAGCGACGGGAAAUAGUGCACCCGCUUCAAGAUCUCAACGCUUCCCGGCCGUCUCCUCCGCCAUGGGAGGUCAUCCAUCCACCACCGGGAAACGGCGACCGCCUCGAGGUCAAAGCCGCGAACGUUGGUACAUACUCCACACAUCGUACGCUCGGGAAGACGUCCGGUAUGGGUUAUGACGGGUUGGAUGACCGAGCUUCGCGACGAUUAAUACCUAAAUCCUCCUACUACUUCGGUCCACCACCAGCUGGCUCAGCCUACGGCUCCGAGCCUAUCGGCCACAUCGGCGUGCAUUAUCCUCGCGAGGUGGUACGAAUAGAACGCGACUUUUCCGGAGGCGAAGUGAUCCAAUUCGCGUCUUCCUAUCCCCUGGAGCUUGAGGGUCGAAUAACCCCCACGCAGUUCCUGGAAGCGAUCAAUGCUAUCAAUGAACUAUUGAUCUCCGCCCAUAGCCUUCGAUGGGCCUUCGUUGACAAUGCUCUCGAGUUCUUCUCUCUGCAACUGUCUCGACUAAUCGUGAAGACUCACUAUGAGAGGGAAAUGGUGAAGCUGAAGCGCGUUGUCGAUGACUGGAACCACGCGGUAUUUAAUCCUGCUGGGUUGAAUAUAUUAUGGCCCCGGAAGGUCGCCUUCCUAUUCCUCGAAAUCGAGUACUAUUAUACGGUCAGGAAUUAUCCAUUAUCCGACGUCGGUCAAUGA